ACACUUGGAGUUGUUUCCCUUGCGUUAUGACGAGCGAUGCAUGCGAACGGAUUUCGUACUCUCUGUAAACGAUAUUCUGCAUAUUUUCUAGCGAGGAAUUCUGAAAGAUGUAUAUGUUCCAAAUCUCAAUCGUUAAAAGUAGGAGAUAAAGAGACAUUGACAAAAACUUUCACAAAAGAAGACGUCGAAACGUUUGCAAAAAUAAGUUUGGACAACAACCCACUGCAUACCGAUCCCGACUUUGCAAAGGCGACCAAGUUUGGAAGAUGUAUAGUGCAUGGAGUACUUGUUCAUGGAUUAAUCUCAGCGGUAUGUGCUACGAAACUUCCAGGUCAAGGAUCUGUUUACCUGUCGCAGGAAAUGAAAUUCGUUGCCCCAGCGUUUGUGAACGAGUCUGUAACGGCAGAAGUAGAGGUACUCGAGGUCCGGAAGUCCAUCAUGAAGUGUUCCACUAUCGCCUUCCGGACCGAGGAUAAACAGGUCGUGAUGGAGGGAGUGGCCAGACUAAUGCUACCGAAGUAGUGAACAUGAACGAUGAACGCCUUCAAUAUACAUCAUGUUUUCCUUGUUCUCUAAAUAAACAUUCUUAAAAGUUUUUGGUAAUUGCAUCUAUGUUUUAUACUUCUUUUUUUUUAUACUUACAUGUACAUUAUAAUUUUUGUUUUGCCAACUUUGUAUGAAUAUGCAAAAUACAUGUUGUCUACUAUCGUGUCCAUAAGUGUCAUACAUGUACCUGUAACGACA